CCCCUUCGUUUCGGGAAGGGAAGAGUUAAAAGACUUGCCCUUCAGGGCCUGGGUGGGGGCGGCAGCUUUGCGCUUUAUAGUGGCAGCCUCGGGAGGGCUGGAAGGGUAGGACGUUCUUGGCGUCCCAAAGUGGAGGAGAAGGUCUGAGAGUGUUUCGAGGAGAAGGGGAGGACAGAUCCGGAGGCGUGUUCCCCUGGAGUUCUCUUUUUCUUGCGAGCCUUCGCGCGCGCGCGCCUGCAGUCAUCCCUUUGGUUUGGCGGUUGCGGACAGGAGGUGGAGAGACUCCGUCCCACACCGUGGCCAGAAGACCUCCCGGGAGAAGCCGUGCCCAGGAAGCGUUCGGAAGCCGAGGCCGCUGAGCUCUCGGGCCGCCGCGGCACGGGAGCCGGAGGACAGCCAUCACCUACCCUCGGCGGCUCGGCUCCCUCCCGCCCGGGUGCGGCGCGCAGACCGGGCAGCUGUCUGAGCCCGCCAAGCUCCACGGUGAAAAAAAGUGAGGGUAUAAAGGCAACACAGUAAGAGACUUUUCCUCAAAUUUGCAUCGUGAUGGAAGCCUUUUGCCUCAAGGUGGCCUUUUGGGUAGCGCUGGUUGGAUGUGUAAUCAGUGACCAUCCUGAGAGCUACAGCACAAACCUAAGCACGCCAGUGGAUGAUGUCACCAUUUUUCAUGGGACAGAACUCAACCUUCUGGUUACCACUCAUCGACCCACUAAUUUGGCCCUACCCAGCAAUGGUUCAAUGCACAACUAUUGCCCACAGCAGACUAAGAUUACUUCAGCUUUCAAAUACAUUAACACUGUGAUAUCUUGUACUAUUUUCAUCGUGGGAAUGGUGGGGAAUGCAACCCUGCUCAGGAUCAUUUACCAGAACAAGUGUAUGAGGAAUGGCCCCAACGCGCUGAUAGCCAGCCUUGCCCUUGGAGACCUUAUCUAUGUGGUCAUUGAUCUCCCUAUCAAUGUGUUUAAGCUGCUGGCGGGCCGCUGGCCUUUUGAUCACAAUGACUUCGGCGUGUUUCUUUGCAAGCUGUUCCCCUUUUUGCAGAAGUCCUCGGUGGGGAUCACCGUCCUCAAUCUCUGUGCUCUCAGUGUUGACAGGUACAGAGCAGUUGCCUCCUGGAGUCGCGUUCAGGGAAUUGGGAUUCCCUUGAUCACUGCCAUUGAGAUAGUCUCCAUCUGGAUCCUUUCUUUUAUCCUGGCCAUCCCUGAAGCUAUCGGCUUUGUCAUGGUGCCCUUUGAAUACAGGGGUGAACAGCACAAAACCUGUAUGCUCAAUGCCACGUCAAAAUUCAUGGAGUUUUACCAAGAUGUAAAGGAUUGGUGGCUCUUCGGGUUCUAUUUCUGCAUGCCCUUGGUGUGCACUGCUAUCUUCUACACCCUUAUGACCUGUGAGAUGUUAAACAGAAGGAACGGCAGCUUGAGAAUUGCCCUCAGUGAGCACCUUAAACAGCGUCGAGAAGUGGCAAAAACAGUUUUCUGCUUGGUUGUAAUUUUUGCUCUCUGCUGGUUCCCUCUUCACUUGAGCCGUAUUUUGAAGAAAACCGUGUACGAUGAGAUGGACAAGAACCGAUGUGAAUUACUUAGUUUCUUGCUGCUCAUGGAUUACAUCGGCAUUAACUUGGCAACCAUGAAUUCAUGUAUAAACCCCAUAGCUCUGUACUUUGUGAGCAAGAAAUUUAAGAAUUGUUUCCAGUCCUGCCUCUGCUGCUGCUGUUACCAGUCCAAAAGUCUGAUGACCUCGGUCCCCAUGAAUGGAACAAGCAUACAGUGGAAGAACCAUGAACAAAACAACCACAACACAGAGAGGAGCAGCCAUAAGGACAGCAUUAACUAAACAUCUUAAGAGAUAUUCAUCAGUAAUCCUUCAAAUUCUAUUGGAGAAAAAAAUCACACAGCAACUGUGUUUCCAGAAAUCUUUUGUCUAAUCCUUCUCUUGUGACUCAGCCCCAAACCCAGAAAAAUGCUUUAAAAACAUCAGAGGGUGGACUGGUUUAUGGUCACAAAUUUGAUGAAUCUUAUUUCUUUAAUUUAUCUAAUUUACAUAUUCUGCUUGUUAUUUACAUAUUCCACACUAAAACAAUGGUGGGAGUUGGCAGGAGGAAGGGAGACUGUUUGGUUAAAUCAGAUGGGUAUUUUCUACUUUUGCAUGAAAACAGUCUUCCAGUACUUGACAGCUUCUGUGGAAUGUCCAGUGAGAACUAGCCACCAUGAAAAUUUAGUGAUUAUGACAAGAUUUUAAAUUUUUUUGAAUUGGCCAGAUGCAGUAAGGUAAGCAAUCAGGUUAAUGUUUUUCAUGUCACUUUUUAAUUUUUAAAAUAUCAGUUCUCAAGCCGCAGCAAAUAUAGGCACUUAAAGCACAGGCUGAUAUCCAUAAUGUGGCAGUGUAAUAGCUGGUAUUCAAAGAAUUUUUAAGAACCUUUAUUUUCUUUUGUAAUGAGGUUUCAUUAUAGGAGCUCUGGAGCAUAUUUUUAUGUGAAAUUUUAAAAUAAUGUUUGAAUCAACUAGUUCUAUUUUUCACAAGCCCAAUCUUUUUAAUGUAGAUAUUUUAUGUAAAAUCAAUAUCAUGUACUAAAAUUUAAAUGUGCAUAUCAUUCAACCAUACCCAAGACUUUCAGUGGAAUGUAUUUACAUCUAAAGCACAACUAGUAGAAAAAGACAAGGUUUUUAGAAGACUUGGAAAUUUUCAUUGAGGUUUUUUU